AUGCCCCCAGGCGUCCUCUGGGUUUCCUCCCGCAUUCGUAACCCCUCCAUCCUCACCCCCCAACACUUCUGCGACUGGUAUGAAAACACCCACAUCCACGAAGUAACCUCCCUCCCCGGUGUCCCGCGCGCUGCUCGCUAUGAAGUUAUCCCACAAACCCCUACCCGGAAUCCCUCUUCUAUCACCACCUCUUCACCCAGCCCCCAAGAUGCCAACCCAGAUGCAGCUCUGGAUACAGGAGCAGAAGCAAAUGAGCCAGCACCAUGGCUAACCGUCUACGAAAUGCCCGACGUGUCGUAUCGAGAGACAACAGAGUUCAAAGGAUUAGAUGGACAGAGUGAGCCGCGGAAGGAGUUGUUGGAAGGGGUGUUUAAGCAGGCGCGGUUUGAUACAAGGUUUUAUGAGGGGGUGCAGGUUGUUGAACGGGAGGGAGGGGUGCCGGAAGGACCAGCACCGCUCCUUAUAUCCGCCUGUCUCCAACCCUCCCCUUCCUCCCCCUCCCAAUUCAACGCUUGGUACACCACUGAACACAUCCCGCUCAUCUCCCGCAUCCCUGGUUUUCGCCGCCUCCGCCGCUUUAAAGUGAUAAACGCCUCCGUACUCGACCAAUUCGUCCGCAAAUCUCCCAAAGUCCCUCAAUACCUGACACUUUGUGAAUUCGAUGGAGAGAUGUUGCCUAUAAAGGAGUUGGCAGAGACGGGCCAGACGGAGUGGGCGAGGGAGGUAAUGGAGGGAUUGGAGAUGGCGGAGGUGGGGUAUUAUAGACUGAAAGGGGGAUAUGGGUGGAAAAGAGGGGCGGGGGAAGGAGCGAGGAUUUAG